AUGAAGGCGUUCGUAGUGCUGUCCAUGGCUCUGGCCAUUGCCUCCUGCGCAGCAGUUGACGAUUCCAGCAAAAAGGAAAAACGUGGUCUCUGGGAGCUGAGCAACGACCACGAUGAGUUUGGACAUGAUCACUAUGAUCACUACGACCACAAGACCGUAACGAAGACCAUCACCAAAAACGUCCACGUUCCAUACCCGGUUGAGGUCGAAAAGCACGUUCCCGUACCGGUGAAGGUCCCAUACCCAGUUCAUGUCGAAAAGAAGGUCCCAGUUUAUGUGGAGAAAAAUGUGCCAGUCUACGUUGAGAAGAAGGUCCCAGUCCACGUUGAUCGUCCAGUUCCGUAUCCAGUUGAAGUUAAGGUCCCAGUCGUUCAGAAGGAAUACGUUGAAGUGCCAAAACCGUACGCAGUUCAUGUUGAGAAGCACGUCCCAGUGUACAUCAACAAGCCGGUGUACGUCGAGAAGCCUGUUCCAGUGACCGUUCACGUCAAGGAGCACAAGAAACACUGGGUCCGGCAGUUGUACACUUUAGGCAACGGAUCAUCCAGCAUGAAGGCGUUCGUAGUGUUGUCCAUGGCUUUGACCAUUGUCUCCUGCGCGGCAGUCGACGAUUCCAGCAAAAAGGAAAAACGUGGUCUCUGGGAGCUAAGCGACGAUCACGGUGGCUAUGGAAACCACCAAUUUGAACCCCAACAGGUAACGAAAACCAUUACAAAGAAUGUGCCCAUCCCAUACCCGGUUGAGGUUGAGAAGCACGUCCCGUUUCCGGUGAAGGUUCCUUAUCCGGUCCAAAUCGAAAAGAAGGUUCCAGUGUAUGUGGAAAAGCAAGUACCAGUUUAUGUCGAAAAAAAGGUUCCCGUUCACGUCGAUCGUCCAGUUCCGUACCCAGUUGAGGUUAAAGUUCCCGUGAUCCAGAAGGAAUACGUCGAAGUGCCGAAACCGUACGCAGUUCAUGUCGAGAAGCCUGUCCCAGUGUACAUCAACAAACCGGUGUACGUCGAAAAACCGGUGCCAGUGACUUUGCACAUCAAGGAGCACAAAAAAAAAUUCUUCGGUCUAUUUUAG